AUGAAUAGCUCAAUCCAAGCUGCCCUCGACUCGGUUGCCAAAGAAUUUUCACUUGACCAGGAGUUUCUAGUCAAAGCGACUCAUCAAUUUCUCGAAGAGAUGGACAUUGGUUUAGAAGCUGAGGAGCCUUCCAGAGAGAAGAUGCCUAUGAUUCCAACUUUUGUGACUGGAGUUCCAAACGGAAAAGAAACAGGAUUAUAUCUUGCUGCGGAUUUAGGUGGAACAAACUUCAGAGUGUGUUCAAUUGAUUUGAACGGAGACCACACAUUUGAAAUGAAACAAUCCAAAUUCAAAAUCCCCUUAGAUUUAAUGAAAAAUUCUACGGCUGAUAGCUUGUUUUCUUUCUUAGCUAACAAGAUCGAAGCAUUUUUAGUAGAGCACCAUUCAGACUAUCAAUCCGAAGAGCGCUUGAAAUUGGGAUUUACCUUCUCUUUUCCGGUCAACCAAACUGCCUUGAAUAGAGGAACGCUUCUUAGAUGGACUAAAGGCUUCAACUUGCCUGAUUUGGUAAAUAAAGAUGUUGUAGAAUUGUUGCAAUCGCACAUUGAUAUUUUAGACUCAAAAGUACGUGUUGUUGCUUUGGCCAACGAUACAGUUGGGACGCUCUUGUCAAGGUCUUACUCGAAUAACCCAGAUAUUUCUCAUGCGAAUACAAUCCUUGGAGCAAUAUUUGGAACUGGUACAAACGGCGCUUACUAUGAGAAGUUGGAUAAGAUCAAAAAGUUGGAUAAGUCUAAAAUUCCCCAAGGAGCUAGGGGCAUGGUCAUCAACACAGAAUGGGGCUCCUUCGAUAAUAGCUUGAAAGUAUUGCCUAGGACCAAAUAUGAUGAUAUUGUUGAUUCAGAGACGAGCAAUAAAGGUUAUCAUUUAUUUGAAAAAAGAAUUAGUGGGAUGUUCUUAGGAGAAAUCUUAAGAGUUAUUCUAAUGGAUUUUUUUAAGCGUGGGCUCAUUUUUGUCGAUUUAUACAAGAAGAGGGGCGGUUCAUUACCGCAUAGGCUCUCAGAAUGUUGGCAAUUGAACUCAGAAGUAUUGUCGUAUUUGCAAAUUGAUGAUUCAACGGACCUUAGAAUGUCCCAAUUAAUUUUAGAAAACACAUUGAGGUUACCAACUACAAAGGUUGAAAGAAUUGUCAUUCAGAAGUUAACUCAUAUAAUAUCUGAAAGGUCAGCUUAUCUAUCUGCAAUUCCAUUAUCAGCAAUUGCUAUUCGUGUUAAAGACCAUUAUCCAGACGAUGACAAAGACUUUGAGUUUGGAUGUGACGGGGCUGUAGUAGAGUUCUACCCUGGCUUUCAAGCUAAAGUUUUGGAAGCUAUAGCUUUGAUUGAUCCUUUGAAAGGUGAAAAUAAAACGCUUGAUAUAAAAAUUGCCAAAGAUGGAAGUGGAGUUGGGGCAGCACUAUGUGCCAGUGUAGCGUAA